CUGCUGACCAUCAUGGCGUAUGAUCGUUAUGUCGCCAUUUGUGAUCCACUUCGUUAUAUUGCCCGGAUGACUCCGAAGCUCUGCCUUACGUUGAUCGUUGCAUCAUUGGUCGUUAGUUUUUUGGACCCUAUUGGGCACGUUACCGUUAUAUCCAAACUGUCAUAUUGUGGUUCCCACGUCAUUGAGCAUUUCUUCUGUGAUGUUACACCGCUGCUAAAGCUUUCCUGCAGUGACACCUUCAUGGUGCAGCUUCUAAACUACAUUGAAGGGGCACUGGUGGUCUUCAGUUUCUUUCUGCCUAUUCUGACCUCAUACAUAUUUAUCAUCUCUGCUAUCCUGAAAAUACAAUCCUCAGAGGGAAGACAAAAAGCCUUUUCUACCUGUGCUUCUCACCUGAGCUGUGUUAUUAUUUUUUAUGGGACUCUAGUUUUUUUGUAUGUGAGACCCACCACAAGCUAUUAUUCCAAAAGAGACAAGUUUUUUGCCCUUUUGCACAUUGUGCUGAUCCCCAUGUUGAAUCCACUGAUUUAUACACUAAAGAACAAAGAAUUUCAGUCGGCUUUUAUUAAACUACGCGAUCGCCAGAUCUAA